AUGAGGGACCCUCCAAAGCGCCGCCUUGCCAGCUGCAUAUGGCGACCUCUGGUGGCUGUAGCUGUUGCUGGCGCUCUCUGUGCUGCUGCUGCUGAGCAGCAGCAGCAGCAGCAGCAGCAGCAGCAGCAGCAGCACGUGGCAGCAGGCCUCGUGCCAGCAGCAGGAAGAGCCCUGCAGCUCCCGCUGCUGCAGUCUGUCUUUGGCAGCAGCAAAUCUCCUCUGGGCUUUAUUUCCGAAGCAAUUCAAAAAGCCCCCACGCCGAAGACAGAAGACCCCACAGGGAUUAUCAGCGGCUUCUCAGCAGACGACUCCCUGCAGCAGCAGCAGCAGCAGCAGCAGCAGCAGCAGGAGCAGCAGCAGCAGCCGCAGCAGCAGGAGCAGCAGGCAGAGCAGCUGAACCCGCAGCAGCAGCAGCUCCUGGAGCACCUGCUGCUGCGGCCUGCUGCAGCGCUGCAGCCAGCAGCAACAACGCCUGUUGCAGCAGCAGCUGCUGCAGCAGGGCCCACUGCAGCAGCACCACUCAUCGGAGCGAAAGCAGCAGCAGCUCCAAAUGCAGCAGCAACACUUUUCUUCGGAGCUCCGCUGCUGCCGCUACAGCAGGUAGAUCCAAAGCAGCAGCAGCAGCAGCAGCAGCAGAAGCUGCCGCAGCUGCAGCAACUGCCUUUUCAGCAGCAGCAGGUGCUGCCGCCGCAGCAAGAGCACUCACAACUACAGCAGCAGCAGCAGCAGCAGCAACAGCAGCCACAGCAGAUGCUAGAGGAGCCCCAGCAGCAGCAGCAGCCCCAGCAGCAGGAAGAGCCACAGCAGCAGCUGCCAAUCGCGCAGCAGCAGUGGCUACAGCAGCAGCUGCAGCAGGAACAGUCCCAGCCGCUGCUUCCUGAGCAGCUGCAACCACAGCAGCAGCAGUUGCAGCAGGAGCACCCGCAGCAGCAGCAGCAGCCGCAGCAGCAGCAGCAGCCGGAGCAGCAGCAGCAGCAAAUCGGACAGCCUGAGGCACCGGAAAUUAUAGCUGGAGACGCUGCAGCAGUACAAGGCAGCGCUGUGCCGAACUCGGAAGCAGCAGCUACUGCUGCUGCUGCUGCUGCAGCUGCAGCUGCAGCAGAAGCAGCAGCAGCACCACUGCCACCUUACGGACCGCCGCAGCCACAGGAAGUGCAGCAGCAGCAGCAGCAGCCUCUGCAAGAAGAGCCGCAGCAGCCGCAGCAGCAACAGAUGGCCUCGCAGCAGCAAGACCUGCUGCAGCCUUUCCCUGAGAUACCCUUGGAGCAGCUGCAGUCAGAGUACCAGCAGCAGCAGCCGCAGCAGCAGCAGCAGCAGCAAGAAGCACAGCAGCCCCUCCAGCAGAUGCCGCAGCAGCUUCCACCGCAGUCAGAGUACCAGCAGCAGCAGCCGCAGCAGCAGCAGCAGCAGCAAGAAGCACAGCAGCCCCUCCAGCAGAUGCCGCAGCAGCUUCCACCGCAGGUGCAGCAGCUGCCGCUACAGCAGCCGAUGCAGCAGCAGCAGCAACAGCAGCAGCUGCCGCAGCUGCAGCAGCCCCCACAACCGUUGGAACAGCCGCAGCAGCAGCCGCAGCUGGAAUUGGGACAGCCAUUGCUGCAGCAGCAACCGCUGCAGCAGCAGCCGCUGCAGCAGACACUGCAGCAGGAAGGGACUCUACUGCAGCAACUGCCGCAGCAAGAGGCCCCUGCACUACUUCCAGUAGCGCAGCAAACGCUGCAACAAGUGCAGCAAGAGCAGCAGCCACUGCAGCAAAUACAGCAGCAGCAGCAGGAGGUCUUGCCAUCAUUGCAGCCAUCCCCACAGCAGCAGCCUUUACAGCAGCAGCCACUGCAGCAGCAGCCACUGCAGCAGCAGCCACUGCAGCAGCAGCCACUGCAGCAGCAGCAGCCACUGCAGCAGGAGAUCCUCCAACCACCGCCGCCGAUGCAGCAGCCGCUGCAGCAGGAGACCCUCCAGCAGCCACCGCUGCUGAUGCAGCAGCCGCUGCAGCAGCAGCCACUGCAGGAGCAACUACUGCACCAGCAGCAAUUGCAGCAGCAGCCGCUGCAGCAAGAGUUUCCCCUGCAGCAGCAAGCGGUCCAGCAGCAGCCGCUGCAGCAAGAAUUUCCCCUGCAGCAGCAACCGGUGCAGCAGCAGCCGCUGCAGCAAGAAUUUCCCCUGCAGCAGCAGCAGCUGCAGCAGCAGCCGCUGCAGCAAGAAUUUCCCCUGCAGCAGCAGCAGCUGCAGCAGCAGCUGCUGGAGCCACAGCCAGGCUACCAACGGCAAGACGCGUUGCCGCCGAAGCCUUGGGAGCAGCAACCCCUAGAGCAGCUGGCGCUGCAGCAGCAGCAGCUGCAGCAGCAGCCGCUGCAGCAGCAGCCACUGCAGCAGCCGUUGCAGCAGCAGCCGCUGCAGCAGCAGCCGUUGCAGCAGCAGCCGAGCUACCAGACGGAAGAGCAGCUCCAGCAGCAGCUGCAGCAACUGCAGGAGCAGCAGCAGCUGCUUUUGCAGCAGCUGCAGCAGCAGCAGGCUCACCAGCUGCAGCCGGAGCAGCCGCUUGGCUUGGAGCAGCAGCCCGGAUGGUCGCAGCAGCAGCAGCAGCUGCUGCCGCUGCAGCAGCAGCAGCUGCUGCCGCUGCAGCAGCAGGAAGCCAAAAGCACGGAGAGUUUUGCUGCAGAGGCCCCUGAGCUGCUGUCUUCUUACCUUGAGGGGGCCCCCCUAAAGCAUGUGCCUUUGCAUGCGCCUGGGGCUGUGCCGCCGCUGCAGCAGCAGCAGCAGCAGCAGCAGCAGCAGGGGCUGCUGCAGCCGGACGCGCUCUCUGCUGCGGCGGAGUGGCAUUCCCAGCAGCAGCAGCAGCAGCAGCAGCAGCAGCAGCAGGCCGGCUGGUCCCCGCACGACCUGCAGCAGCAGCUGGUGCAGCAGCACCUGCAGCGGAUCGGCGAGGACCUGCAGCCGCCGGUGUCGCCGCCGCUGCCGCCUGCUGCAGAAGCAGCAGCAGCAGACGCAGCAGCAGCAGCAGCAGCGAACGCAGCAGCAGCAAACGCAGCAGCAGCAGCAGGGGGCCCCGCUGGCCUGUUGCGGGGGCCCCUCGCGGCCAUAGAAAACACAGUCAACCAACUGGGGCCCCUCGUGGGCCUCCCGGGCCUUUCUACAGGGGCCCCCGAAGCAGCGACGCGCAGCACAGAGUCCGUGGGGGCCCUCCUGGGGGCCCCCCUGGGGGCCCCCCUGGGGGCCCCCCUGGGGGCCCUGGGGGGCCCCCUGGGGGGCCCCCUGGGGGCCCCCCUUGCAGGACUUGCUGCGGGGGAACUGCUGUCGCCACCAAACCUUAUUAAUGGGGCCUCCAACUUCGCCGCAGCCACCGGCAAAAUCGCAGACGCGGGAAAUAGUUUUAUGAAUUCUUUGCCGAUGGAACAAAUGAUAGAAGCAGCAAAACACGUGCAGCAGGAGGGGAUUAAGGCGCAGAUGGGAGUGGAUCUAGAAGACCCCAGUGCGCGCAAACCCUAA